CAUAAUUUUUUAUAUUCUAACAUUUGUGCACAUUUUUUCUUCAGUGUAUAGACCCAGGACAUUACUGUGGUCAGUCAACAUUGAUGAGAGCAUUUGAUAGUCAGUCUUCAUCAUCUUCACUACAGACACUGACCCUGGGACCAUUCUCCAUGGAUUCAAGCACCAAAUCUGCUUGGUCAGGAGGCAAUAUGCAGAUGAGUGGAAGUAAGAGUGUUACGAGUGCUAAUGAUGGCAGCACUGGGGGCUCAGCAGCCACCACCACCACUGAUGAUAAGACCCAGAUAAUUGUACUUGGUGGACUUUCCACUGAGGUGGUUGUGGGUAUUGCACUUGCUUCCUUUGUGAUUGGAGUUUGUCUGACAGCUACACUCUGGGUUAUUCACAUGAAGACAGAUCCACGUAGGCAGAAGCGUCCAGAGGGUGGUGCUCCCCGAAACUCUGGUUAUGAUUUGUCUGCUCAUUCUGGCUCUUCAACCCCAUCAUCUCAGGCUCCCAUGACAGCCUGACGGUCCCAUGGGCUGCCUCCAUUGUGGUCACGGCAUGGAAAACUACAACAUGCACCACCUCCUACCACAGUUGUGUGUAAAGAUAGGCAUUUCUUUCGUGUGUAGGUGAUGACACAUUUGCAGAUGUUUAUUUGACAAUGGUAAAAUUUACCUAAAAAAGAAAUUUAAAUUUAAAAUGAUUUGACAUCAUUAUUAAGAAUACGGAAAACACACUACUUGGCUGUCAUCACAAACUAGUUGUUACUACUACUACUACUAUU